UUUAGAAGACAAGCUAGAUUUUUUCCGAAAUGCCAAUAUGGGAACACAGAAUUGGGCAUUAGCAUCCAACCAAAAUGCGAGUAGCCAUGUCCUCCUCGGCACUGCCCAUCCCUUUUACCACAUCCACUGUCUCCCAAACUCACCACCACAAUUACUCUUCCUUCCUAAUCCCAGACCAACAAGCAUGCACUCCUCAAGACACCCACCAUCUCCAACUCCACCAAGACACACCUACAAAAUCCAGAACAAUCAGGUACCGUCUAAGCCAGCUUUGCAAAAAUGGCGAAGUCCAUCUUGCCCGCCAACUGUUCGACUCAAUUCCACAUCCGACUACUGUACUCUGGAACACGAUCAUCAUUGGCUACAUUUGCAACAACUUGCCCCACGAAGCCAUCAAGUUUUAUUCCCGAAUGAAGUGGACCAUUACAUCCAUUUCUCACCCCCAUAUUUGUGAUGCUUACACUUACUCUUCCACUCUUAAAGCUUGUGCGGAAGCGAAGCAACUUUUAAUUGGUAAAGCCCUGCACUGCCAUAUUUUACGUUCCAACAUCUUCCCCAGUAGGAUUUUGUACAAUUCUCUGUUAAACAUGUAUAUCACUUGUCUUUUGAGCUCUGGAAAUAGUUCUGGAUGUGAUUUAGUGGAAAGUGUGUUUAAUACUAUUCCUAAACGCAAUGUUGUUGCUUGGAAUACUAUGGUUUCUUGGCACACAAAAGGGGGAAGAUUUCGAGAGGCUGUUGAGCAUUUUGUGGUGAUGAUGAAAAUAGGUAUUCGACCCACUGCUGUUAGUUUUGUUAAUGUUUUCAGGGCAGUGUCAGGAUUAGGAGAUGCUGAGAUUGCUAAUUUGUUUUACGGAAUGGUAAUAAAACUGGGUAGUGAAUGUGCUAAUGAUCUGUUUGUUGUGAGCUCGGCCAUUUUGAUGUAUUCAGAGCUUGGUUGCCUUGAAUUUGCUAAUAAGAUAUUUGAGAAUUGUUUGGAGAAGAAUGCAGAGAUUUGGAAUACUAUGAUUGGUGGGUGUAUUCAAAAUACUCGCCCUGUUGACGCUCUUAAGGUUUUUUUUAAAGCAUUGGAAGGACAGGACGAUGAUAGUAUCGAUCAAAUCACCUUCCUUUCUGCUACAGUUGCAGCUUCACAGUUACAACAGUUGGAUGUUGCUCAGCAACUACAUUCAUAUCUGAUUAAAAAUUCCUUGGCAUCAUCAGUUAUUCUGCAAAAUGCAAUAAUUGCUUUGUAUUCAAGGUGCAGUUGUAUUUAUGAUUCAUUUAAAGUUUUUAGUGGAAUGCAGGAAAGAGAUAUUGUUUCUUGGAAUACCAUGAUCACUGCUCUUAUACAGAAUGGGUUGGACAAUGAAGGUUUAAUGCUUAUCUAUGAGAUGCAAAAGCAGGGGCUUUCAAUUGAUGACGUGACAAUUACUGCACUACUUUCGGCUGCAUCAAAUCUAAGAGACCAGGAUAUUGGUAAAGAGACACAUGCUUACCUAAUCAGACAUGGUAUUCAAUUUGAUGGGAUUGAGAGUUAUCUCAUAGACAUGUAUGCCAAAUCAGGUUUGAUAGAUGCAGCACACAAUAUCUUUUGUAGGAGCUGUACAAAUGAUAGUGAUACUGCCAUUUGGAAUACAAUGGUAUCUGCAAACACACAGAAUGGGAGGAUUGAACAAUCCUUCAUUGUUUUCAGGCGUAUGCUGGAGCAGAGUGUCAUGCCCAAUGCUGUGACCUUAGCUUCAAUUCUCCCUGCAUGCAGUCACUCAGGAAGUGUAGCACUAGGAAAGCUACUCCAUGGUUUUGCCAUUCGUAAUUUCUUGGACAUUAAUGUCUUUGUCAGCUCUGCUCUGGUGGACAUGUACUCAAAAUCAGGUGCAAUAAUUGAUGCUGAAAUUGUUUUCUGGAAAUCCCCUGAAAAGAAUUCAGUCACGUUCACAAAUAUGAUAUCGGGCUAUGGCCAACAUGGAAUGGGUGAGAAAGCUAUCACGCUAUUCUAUUCCAUGGGGGAAUAUGGCAUAAACCCUGAUGCUGUUACCUUUGUAGCGGUUUUGUCUUCUUGCAGUUACACUGGUUUGGUUGACGAAGGCCUUAAAAUAUUUGAGUCAAUGAAUAUUGAAUAUGGCAUAAGACCCUCAACAGAGCAUUAUGCUUGUGUUGUAGACAUGUUAGGAAGAGUUGGAAGGGUGGUUGAAGCAUAUAAUUUUGUUGAAACAUUGGGUGAAGAAGGUAAUACGCUGGGAAUCUGGGGAUCACUCUUAGCUGCCUGCAAAAUUCAUAGAAAUUUUGAGUUGGGAAAAACUGUCGCCAGUAAGUUGCUUGAAAUGGAGGGGGCAGAUAGCUUAUCAGGUUAUCAUAUUCUACUUUCUAAUAUACAUGCUGAAGAAGGAAACUGGGAGUAUGUAAACAGUGUAAGGAAUGGAAUGCUGGAAAGGGGAUUGACAAAGGAGAUCGGUUGCAGUUGGAUUAAUAUAUCUGGCUAUGCAAGCUAUUUCGUGUCCAGAGACAAAAACCACCCUCACUGUUCUGAGAUAUAUGUAAUGCUGGACAGAUUGACAGCUAAUAUGAAAGAUGCUGGUUACAGGCCUCCUUUCACAUCAAGUGAAGGCUGGACUUUGGAGCUGGAAGACUGAGAAGGUUUUUGUUUCGAAAAUGGAAUCCGUUCAUUUCCAUGUUACUAAAUGGGUAGCUCCUGAUAUUCGGUCUAAUGGAUUACUCACUUCUUGUGGCUGUAUCAUUAAGAUUCUGAAGCAGGUAAUAAAAUCUUAUAAAGCUUGCUAUAUGAUAGCUGCUGCACGUGGUGCUACGCAAAUCUUUCUUCAUGAUUAGGUGAGGAUGGCAGAUUUCAAGAGUGUGCUUGUUUGCUAGAAUUGCUAAUCUAAUCCAAUAAAAACAACUCACUCCUUUUCUAGUGGUCAGAUAUACAAAUUCCUACUUAUUUAUCAUUCAUUUUCUCCCCAAGUCAUUUUGUUCUUCUAUUGUAAAUUGCAUUUGAAGAAGAUGUCAUAGAGUAUCAAAAUUGAAAAGGGAAAGUAGCCAAAUUUGAAAAACAAAGACACAGAAGGUUUAGGAAAACAAAAUCGAUCCUCGCAGAGACAAAAAGGUUCAACUCCAAUGCAGAGGUAGUUAUGGGUUUCUUUCCAUUUUAUGAUGUGAUUAUCCAUUGGAAAUCAUAUGGAAGACAUGAAGUCAAGCAUCCGGAAACACCAGAAAGUCUGCAUUUUGAUAUCCUUUGAGAGUAUUUACUGCUUUCCUUUUUCAAGUGUUGCUUAUUAUUUUUAAAGUGACCCAGUAUGGACGUAUCGAACAAUCACAGUGACUAAAUUUAGAGGUGAGAGAGAGGGAAAAAAGAAGGAAAAGAGAAGGGAGGCGAGAGAGUGAACAGCCAAGUGAGAGAAGAAUAUUAGACAGAGAAACUUGUAUUGUAUCAUUAACUAUUUGUAACUGAAAAGAAAGUAUUAAGGUAGGAAACAGGAUAAGGAAAAAAACCUAAAACUGAGUCAAAAUAGAAAGCACUUGAAAUAAAAAUAACUCUCAAUAAAUCUAAUUCUGAAUGUGUCGCCACUACAUGCUUAGUUUGCAUCAUAAAGUCGUAUCAUUUUCUAAUUAACAUGGUCAAAAGGUUGGCCUAGGGCAAAGGGAAGUCAAUGAGUUGGUGAAAGAACGAGGUUAUCUUGUUAGUUGAUUAAUAGUGAAUUUAAUAUCCUGAAAGUCUUAUAAAUGUGUUUCUAGGCUUCCAUUUCUCAAACAAAGAAGAAAAUAUCAAACUUUGCAACAAUUAAAUUUUUAUAUCAGAUUUGUGAGACGUUAAUUAGCUAUAGAUGUGAUCUUGUAAGUAAACAUGAGAAUGAUUGUUAUAGUUUAUUCCCUUGCUUCCAUCUCAAUUUCUCUAUUUCUACAUCUAUUAUAUUUCUCACCGUAAGCCACUUCUAGAGGUUCUAUAUUUUAACAUAAGAAUGAUUGUUGGAGUUUAUUCCCUUGCUUCCAUCUCAAUUUCUCUAUUUCUACAUCUAUCAUAUUUCUCACAUUAAGCUACUUCUAGGGCUUCCAUGUUUUGUCCUAAUUCUCUAAUUUAGUUGACUGUGAUGAGAUGGGAAGGAUAAGAACUACAGACAUUAAUUCUUGAUUUUGACUUCUUGGUUGGAUAGCAUCCUCUCAAAGGCUAUCAAGACCUUUCAAUAUGCUGGAAAGAAGCUAGACAGAGAAUUAACCAAAUAAAAAUAUCCCAGACUAAAUAUUAUAUGAUUAAAGUUGUAAGAUUAGAAAUGAAAAUAAAUCUUAUAUUUAAUAUGCUGUCUUAAAUGUUAUCCUGUUUCUCUGAUAUGGUUAUCAAUUAAAUAUGUAGUUUUUACAUAGUAUACAAUUAAUUUUAAUUAUGAAGAUCCUCAAACAGUAACCUAUGGUUGUUAGUUAGUUCACAUCUGAAGCAAACUUCGACAAAACCACCUUUCGUACAUAAGAAGGUGUUGAGAUUUUGUGUUCUGUUUUUUAGGCCAUUAAUUUAGAGCUAUUAGUUAUAAUGUAAAAUAUGAAAUUGUAUUUCAUGCUUAUUUGAGGUUUACAUCAAUUUAAGCUUAACAAACUAAAAUGGUAUCUUGGAAUUUAAAAAUUCUAGUACCAGACCAUGAUGCCAUAAUUGUAGAGAGUUAUCUCUCGUCUUUUACUCUGUGUCUGUGCUUCUUAGCCUACGAGCAUAUAUUUCAGAAAGGAAGGGAAGAGGAGAGGAAAGCAGUUUCUUGAAGAAAAUGGAAGCAUGCAACCUGCCCAACACCGCAAGGCCUAUUGACAAUAGGGAUGAAAUGCUAUAAUUAGGCACAGGCCAAAAAAAACAAUCAUAGGUGCGUGAGCACACAGGAGUAGUGGUUCCAUAAAGGGUAGGGCCACCUUACAGAAGACUGUCCGGUUAGAAUACAAAGUAGAAGGUUGAUCUGAGUUGGUCAUUUAGAACAUGUGCACACAGACCAAGCAACUCAUAAGGAAUCGAAUGCAGAACAUUGGUCCAGAAGAACAGCAUUAGACGCUGAGACCAUGACCAAAGAAAAAACAAUUUGUAUUGGUAUUGACCACUAUGGAAGGAUCAUCUUACAGCAAUAUCAAGUCCUCAUGGAGUGCCAACAAUUGAGCAAUGAGAUUAGUACAGCUAGACCCCAAGUAGACCUGGCUAAUGGAGACUAUGCAAGUGGAGAAUGAGGAUCACUGCAAAAGCUUGAUAGUUUUCUUGGAAGAAGACGUAGACACAGUAUGCAUCUCAUACAGUGAUUACUCGGGAUUUCCAUCACUGCGACCAACUGCGACGUUAGGACAUUGAUGGAUAUUGCAGGUUCAAGAGAUAUAACCUUUGAGAAACGUGGGACUGAAGCUCUGUGACUUGAGAGAAUCAAGACCCCAUUGCUGGAAGGAUAGAUGCACAUGCCAGAGUCGCUAGGACCUAAGCCCGUGAUGGGACCGUUAUAGUGUUGCUUCUGGCAAUCAAAUUUUCUUCAAUUUGUGAAGAGAACUUAUUCGUGGUCAUGGGUCUCUCUUCGUGCUUAUCUUUAACUACUUCGAUCCUAAUCAGAUUUGAGAUCAGCAACUACAAGCAGCAUUAAGACAGUUAUUAGACUCUAUACCUAGGUGGUGGCACUCUGGUGCCCACUUCAGUAACGAAGUGACUAAGUAAUAAACUAUUGAGACUAAUGUCUAUCCAUCUCUUUUUAGGUAUAUCUUCGCUUGUCACUAUAUAAGAUGGAUGGUGCUUGUCUGGUUGUAGGACUUGCGAUUGAACCACUCCUAGACUUGGAGCUCAUGAUGCGACUUCAGGAAAUUAGUGCCUGUUGCCAUGUUUACUUCAAGUUUGAGGGUAUUGGUCUUGAUGUUUUCAAACUAUAGGCUUUAUAUUUAACCUGAAACUGUAAAAUUGUUGUUGAGUGAUUAUACAGUUUUCAUAUUCGAUAAUUUAGUAAUAUAUGUCA